AAUAGAUCCUUUUUUUAAAUACCAAAGAGCGGCACGGAACCACAGCGCCACCGGUGGCCACCAGCUGAAACCACGCGCCAGGCGCCAGGGACGCAGAAACCGCAGCAUCAUCAUCAUCAUCAACAUCGGUUCGGUCGGUCGAUCCUUGCGUGCGUCCUUCGUAGACGCGGUUUUCGAAGGGUUUUUUCUGUGUAUUUACCGUUCAGUAAGGAGCUGUAUUGUUGAUGCUCGCAUAAAGUGACCCCGAACGGGACAGUUCAUUGUUGUGUUUGCGUAGAAUGUGAGCUGGAGUGAAGAGUUGGUGGAUUAGAAAGAUUAAUUCAAAGUGUUUGUCAAUGAAUGAUAAGCGGAACAGUUGAGUCUGUAAAAAUAUCCGCACUAUUUCAACGAAUCUACGUGCAUCGUCAGAGUCCCUUGGUCGUGAUAAACCUUCCAGGAACCCACCAUGGAUCCUCCACAUAAUCCGUUCAAUUUCCAUCUCGGAUCUUCGUCUGGCCACUCGCAUGGUUCACACCAUCCGGAGCAGACACCGAGCCCACCGCAGAGUGUGCCCGGACGCAGAACUCCUCUUGGGACCGUUGGGCUUGGAGGAUUUUACGCACAACCGCACGCAUCAGCUUCGACGCACACGGACGAAAACCGUCCUUCCGGAAGUUCGGAAAGCCCACCGCCCCACCUUCACCAUGCGUCCGUACCGGCCGGAGCUGGCGGUAAGCAGAAGAACCGCCAGGGCAAAACAGUACGCCUGAACAUCAAUGCACGGGAGCGGCGCCGGAUGCACGAUCUGAACGAUGCCUUGGAUGAGCUGCGCAGUGUUAUCCCUUACGCCCAUUCGCCUUCCGUGCGCAAGCUCUCGAAGAUCGCCACACUGCUGUUGGCCAAAAACUACAUCCUGAUGCAGGCAAACGCGUUGGAUGAAUUGAGAAGACUGCUAGCGUACAUACAGAGUGCCGCUGGAGCUAGCAUUCCUACGGUGGAUCUUCGUACAAUGCCUUCGGCUCUCAAGCUGCAGCAGCUACUGCAAGCACCCCAUCAAGACCCAUCCUCAUCCUCCGGUCCGAUAGCAUCGACGGCAGGAUCGUCCACAACAACCGCGGCUGGGCAACCGCAGAUCCCUCCACCGCCGCCGGCCCCUAGCCAAAACCCCUGAAGAGAAUUUGGACUGGGACGCUGGAUUGGAUCAGUCGCUGCAGCAUCGAACAACAAACUCGACAAUUGACGAGCAAUUCUUGUAGAGAUUAAGAGAUAUUUUCAGAAACAACAUCGUAGUGUAACUGCCAACUACCGUCACGAUCUAGUCAUUUUGGUUUGGAUGCUGUGUUUUACGUUUUCUACAACCUCUUCUAUAUAUCUGUCUAUCUAUCGUAUUUAGCCGUAUGUACCUUGUAGGUUAUUUGGGAAGGUAUAUUGCAAA